GAUUUUUUAAUUCAUAUUCAAUUCCAUCAAAGAUGGGUCAUUUAUGAUGCUUAGGCGAAAGCUAUGGAACAAGAUGCAGUCUGCAUGGGAUAGGGUCACACUUUUUAAUUCUGUAAUUCUGAAUUAUAAUAAAACAGUUAGAGCAGCAAGUCCUCCAGGCCCAGAUCAAUAUAGGUCAUCUUCUUCCCAUAAACUCAUCUGAUUGAUAGAAAUGAUGUGCCAUAAUCGUAUAAUAUCAAAAUGUAUACCACAAAGUGAAAGGGGAGCAUAUCCCAUGAAAUACCCCAAAACUAUAAAGAAAAACAUCAAUAUUUCAUAACGCUAAUUACCAUACAGAUUAGAUGAAUAUGACGUGUACAAUUUUAUGAAUAUGACAGGACUGAAUAGAUAUCAGAUAACCAUGAAUAUUUAAGAACAGCAAUUAUUAUGCAUAGGUAUAGUGUCCUAUAAAAUAUUUUUCUGAAUAUGAAACGAUUGAAUAUUAAUAAGCAAACAAUGAGUAUUCAAGAAACUUUAAUUAUCAUACAGAUUUUAACGUGUUAUCGAUUUCAACGUUCUAACUUUGUAAGAAAAACGUGUCAUUAUUGUUUUAGACAAAAACAAUAGGUAAAUAUACCUGCAAUACAUUUCAUUAAAAUAUCAGGAUGUGAAGUGACAGGAAAAAUAAUGACAAUUCUGUAAUACUCUCAUCUUUCUCCGUGUCGAUUAAUGCCGGUCUGAACUUAACUCUAGUACGAUACACUCAUAAUAACAACCUUCUUUCAAACGUUUCCCCUUUUAAUGGAGAUGGCUUGUGUGUCAAAGAUUUACACAUUGGGCGAAAGGAAUCACUGCGCGAAUAUAUAUUGCUUCCAGAAAAAAAGAGGUAGAAGCAGGAAUAUACCCGAUAUCAAUAAAGCGCAAUCAACAAAAGAGUGAUAAACAAAGAAACAAAAUGGAAACAAAAUUGACAAUUAAAAUAAAAAUUACUUAGGAAAUUGAUGAAACCGAAACAGAAUGAUGUUAUGACAUUUUUUGUGUUAUCUUAAAUAGGGAUAUCAAUAAAAUGGAAAUUACAGAUGCCAUGGAAACAUCACAGCUAACAAAGCACUGAAUAGUAAAAGAGUACAUAAAAACCAACUUAAUUGUUUGGUUGUAGGUCACCCCAUGUACAACAGAUAUACUACAACAAGUAUUUAAAAACAACAUUUUUAGAUGAACAGGAUAGGAAACUAAUAUAUAACUCGACAAACAUGUCUACAGAUUCACUUUCAAAACCUUCUAUUGAAGCAGUUUUCAAGGAACUAGUAUUUUCAUUUUCCACUUCGGAGACCAUAGUAUGAUGCCAGAUGACAUUAAAAUAACUCGACGUCAUGCAAUGCAUGACAUCACAAUACUGCUUCCGAAACGAAAACCCACUGCUUAUAUACCAAACCAUAUCGCUUGUUUUGGCAGCAAGAUUGGAAGGUAAUCGGCCACUUUUACUUGAUAGAAACGACAUAUCACUCACAAAUCACAACAGACUUGAAUAAUGCACCUAUCACAAGUAAUGGUUGAGACACGUGUGUGGUAGCGGUGCCAGUCAUGACAAGGUUUUGACCAACGCAGGAACAUUCAAUCGUUAUACCCUGUUAUACAAAAUGUACAUUGUAAUUGGAAUCGUCGGACCACCUGAAUCGAACCGGUUCGCAUGGUCUGCUGUCUGAAAUCGCACUACUGGGUUCAAUGAUUUCCUCAUGUUUUAUUCGUCAUGCAAAUAAUGUUUCACUAAUAUCGACUAUUUUGAAUUUUUUAUUGCUUUUGAAAUUAUCGAGAAUAAAUGAACUUUGAAAUUGCCUAGAAUAUAUGAAUAUGCUAUGGACCAUUAUUAGACCUGUCACGUUUGACAGUUGAUUUCGAUUAUUAUUAGAAGGAUUAUCAUCGAUUUGUUUUGUCUGAAGGUUUUAUUUUGUAGAAUCGACAGUCAACUCAUACCUUAAUACAAAACAUUACCCAUUCUACAAAACCGUACCUACCUGGUACAACCGGUACGAUUCAAGAGCACAUGGUGGGAUUCAAGAUCUUACCUGUCAGUAUAUCAGAAUCUUAAUCUUUAUCUUUUUUUUCUAUGACAGAUCGUAAUAAACACAACUGUGUAUCUAUUUAGCAAUGAUUGUACAAUACCUGACUUGAAAAAGGGGGAUAUAAACUUCAACGAUGCCCUUCUGAUAUGCCGCUACUUCAACUAUUUGUUCCAUAACCUUUCUUUACAUUCAGAACGACUAUAAAGGGAAUUAUAUCAUUGCUUAAUUUAUCGUAUGUGGCUUUGAUAACUAGAUAGGGAUUGGCGGCGUUUGAAUGUGUGGUCAAAUCCUUUUGUUACCUUUUAAUUGCCAUCAGAUUACAAUGAUCACUUGUUGGUCUAGAUGGAAGCCCGCGAGUGGUCUUAUUAUGGGUUGAAACCUGAGUACCCGGGGAAAACCCGCGUGGGCAGGCAGGUGACCCCCAUACCUGUCCACGUCCGAUCAAGGAAUCGGGGACCCCGGCCGAGUAGGUGAAAGGCAAGUAUGUUACCACUGUGCCACCAGGCCACCAACUGCAAAUGCUACUGAAUGUCGUAAAAACAAAUAAAUGACAACGUAAGCAAAAGGAAUUGAUAUAUAACUUUAAUGAAUUUUGCCUUUUCGAAGGUGGACACUGUUGGCUGCUCUCAUGCUAAUUGUUCGGCAGAUGAAGUAUGCGUCAAUAUAAAUGAAUUCAUGUCUACUACAAGAUGUUUGCCCAACAACGGAAUGGGUGCCAUUUAACAAGAAGUGCUACCUGUUUCCUGAUAUAACAGCAAAUGCAUAUGAUACACUGGAGCUCUGUGAAAAUAUGAGUGCUAAAAUGGUUUGGAUUGAUAACGAUGACGUUAAUGAUUUCCUCCUAACGCAAAUGAACGGAAGAGGAUUCGACGAAAUAUGGAUUGCUGCCAACGACAAAGCUGUAGCAAAUGAAUGGGUCUGGGGUCCCGGAGAUAUGGUAACGAAUGCAGUGUGGGGCCAAUGGGAACCAAAUAACCGCUGGAACGAGGAAUGUGUCGUCUUAAAGCCGUUGUGGGCCGAUGUCGGAUGUACAAGACUUUCUUAUCCUGUGUGCGAAGUUCACUUUAACAUUUCGUCAUAGUCACAACCCAUAACGGCCGUUAUUCGAUUCCCUGGUCAAGUAAAGCCUGGGUGAAAGGAGGACAUUUAAAGAAGACAUGUUGCAAUUUUCUUAUAUCUGGGUUUCAUGAGGAAGCUAAAAUCUAAGGCCGAUUUUAUUCAGCGAGCAUAGGAUGAGAUACAGACAACACGUUCAUUCUCUUCUCGUUAACAUAUCCUGUUGAAAUCAUACUUCAUUCAUCAACACUGCUAGCAACUUGGUUUUUCGGAACAGGUAGUUGUUAAGGUGGUCAAGUAUUUUAAUUGUGUCUAGAAAACGAUAAAAGAUAGAAUAAUAAAAAAAAAACGUUUAAUUAAUUCUAAUACGUAGUUUCUAUAUCUAUAAAGAGAAAAAGACAUACAAUAUUCACAUCGGACUUCUCCCACGGUUGACAUUUCAUUGCGUUAGCCUCAUUGAAAAGGCUAUAAAGGAUGUUUUGUUCUCCUCUUAUUACUUAUAAGUUCCGUGAUCUGAAUAGAGAUUUUUCGAAGUUUCUAGACAGCCUAUAAAUUAAGUGGUAGGACUUCUCUACCUAAGAAUCUCUUUUAAGAUUAACGUUGUUACAUAUUUAUUCACAUUAAGAUAUGUUGUUUCUCACCUUCCCACGUAUAAGAAUUCUCAAAUAGAUAUUUUGAUAAUUGUUUUCGCCGGCAAAAUUUGCAUUUAUGUGAACAAACCAGUCAACAAUUACAUGUACUACAACAUGUAUUUUCAUAUUAACAUUAUCGGUCGAAUUCUCCUCCGCAAGGUCUUAUUUAGGUUAGAUACAAUUCAACAUAGCGCCACUAGCCAUCUCCUACAUGGCAGGAAUCGGAUGAUGGUAAGCGUUGAGUUCCCCUAAUCUCUAACAUAACUUUGAUUGUAUUCCUAUAAAUAUUACAUUGGUUCAUGAGAUUUCUCCUUUUAUCGUAAGGCUAUAUAUUGAUAUCAUAUUAUUUAUUUCUAUUUUUGAAAAUUCACCCUUGAAGAAUUUCUUAUUUUUUUAUGUUGUACGAUACUUUUCUCUUAAAGCGACUUUAUGCGUCUUCAAAAAAUAUCUAAAAACAUUAAAUAUAAAAUAAAAAUAUGGUAUUAAAUGGUCAUUAUAUCCUUUGUGUGAUAUUUUAGCAAGUUAAAUAUCUGGAAUAUCAACACAAGUAUGAGGGAAUUUUUUUUUUAAGAUACUUAAUUCGUUAUUGUUUUUACGAAGAAUGUGGCUUUCUGAUUGGUUGAGAUUUGUUUUUCAUACCUCUAUGAAAAAAAAAUCUGAAAAUGGCGAAAAAAAUGUGAUUAAAAAAAAUACAGCCAUUGACGUUGCGUAUCGAUUUGUGAAAAUAACCGUUAUAAAAUCAUUUAAAUUGUAUAUAAAACAUGUUUAUUUUGAAAAUCAAUUUCAAAAAUUAUUUAUAAGCUUUGAUGUUAAUUAUGAUGGCAAACAAACGUUUUUCAUACCCCGAUGAAAAAUACAUCAAUGCUGAAUUAAAUAAAUACAGAUAAAUCAAUAGUUAUGAAAUUCGAAUAGUUUCAAUAUACCAAUAGAUGUAGUUGGAUAAUCGUUUUCCCCUCACUUGGAUAUUGAGGACUUUUAUAACAGCACUUCGUUUGUCUUCAUUAUGGUAUACUGCUUUUGCAUUCUAUUGUAGAAAUAUGUCAUUUUAUAAUAUAUUUCAUGUUUGUUUUAAAAACCAUAAGGAAUUAUGUUAUGAAAUGGAUAUUUUUUUAUGAUUCUCUUUAA